AAUGCGGAAUAGGGUUGGGUUUAGAGCACAUGAACAAGCCUUCCCCUGUUAUACCUUCUCAGCUAACAAGUACUGUCAUGAGGAGCAUUGACUUUGAGCAUGAUAUGUGAUGUCUAAGAGAGAGAGACCUAUUGAACCGUUUUGCUUCUGAAAUUUCACAACGCCAAGCACAAGGAGAGAGCAAAGAACACGCUUUUGUAAUGAGCUAUCAGCUCGCUGAAGACUUGGGCAGAGCGUUUUCCGACCGGGCAAUUUUUCAAACUUUUGUGGAUGCUGAGACUACUGUAACGGAUGCCACUCUUAAGAGUAUAUUAGGUCUUUUGAGAUCCAUGUAUGCCCUCGUUACCUUGGAAGAAGACUCUGCGUUUCUCCGAUACGGCUUCCUGUCAGUAGACAAUGCUGCAGCAGUGAGAAAAGAAGUUGCAAAGCUUUGUGGGGAACUGAGACCGCAUGCACUUUCGUUAGUCAGCUCCUUUGGCAUUCCUGAUGCGUUCUUGAGCCCUAUAGCCUUCAAUUGGUUAGAGACAAACUCUUGGUCCUCUGUUCAACACUAGCUUCUUGUACCUGAUAAUAUUUGCAUGUACUGAGGAAAAAUCGAAACAUCUCCGGCUCAUAGCGUCUGCCAAUAAACUUCUCUUGGAUUCAAUGAAAGAAAGACCUUGUAGUGUAUGUAUUAUAUUCGCAAUAUUCGGUUAACUGUGUUGUUAAUUGUCACUUUUAGUCAAAGGGUCUUUAGGUAUUGAAAUUGUCAAAUGAUACAACCAAAUGCUGUUGUGAUGUG